CUCCUGGGCUCAAGCAAUCCACCCACCUCAGCCUCCCAAAGUGCUGGGAUUACAGGCAUGAGGUACCAUGCCUGGCAGCUACUGAGUCUUAAUCCCAAUGGAUUAGACUUUCUGGAGGCCCUGUUUGCCUAUCACCACCCCAACCUGGUCUUUAGGAGCCAGGAGUUAGUCCAGGGCUUACCGGGGAGUUGGCGUGGUGACUGAGCAGCCCCCAUCUUCCUACCAGGGUGUGGGUUUGCACAGAUGUACAGGUGGUCCCCUAGCUGUGCCCUCCCAGUGGCCCCCUUCUCCACUGUCCUUAGUAGCAUAGUCACUGCUCUCUGCUCCCAUGGUCCUGGCAGGUCUGUCUGAUGGCUAGGAGUCCUUUACUAGAGGGUCUGUCCCCUGCCCACAUAGGUGGUUGUCCCAGCUUUUCAGAGUUCCCUUGGCUUAUCGCUGGACCUGCCUCAAAACCCUUUACUUGGGACUGUCGUGGGCACCAGGCCCUCAGGGCCUCCAGAGAGGGCAUCUGAGACUCAGAGAAUCAGCUUGAAGCUGGACAAUCACUUUUUGUGGAAAGGAAAACUCCUAACGUUUGUGGGGCACUUUAUUGCGUGUGCUAGGUUCUGUUUUGAGGAUUUCUAAACACUGGCCUCCUUAAUGCCCAGAACAGCACCCCGAAGUGAUGAUUAAUCACCCCUUUUCUGUAAGUGGGAACAGGGACACUCCAGAGUUUGGAAACCUGUCCAGGUUCCCUACCAGUAGGGGGUGGUCAGCCUCAAAGCCCAGCCUGAAAGCCAUCCAGCAUGAGGGCUGAGGACCCCAGCAGGCACCAGAGGGUCUUUGGAGAGGUCACAGGUUGUCAAGCGGGUGAGAACAGGGCAGGGCAAGUUCAGGACCAGCCAGGGCCUGGGUGUUCAGGCAGUGGGAGAGCGGAUGCCGGCACCAGUGCCAUGCUGGGAUCUGCAGGCAGCUCCAGCCACAGCCUUCUGGGGCUGAUUUCUGGUCAUGGAAGUGAGAACCAAAAGCUGGGGCUGGGAGCACCCUGGAGGGAUAGCCCGGGAGCAGGUAGAGGGCCAAAACUGGAGUGGGGGCAGGAAGUGCUCCAGCAGUGACUCCCCAGAGGUGGGUCCCAACCUCCAUGUCGGCCAAUUCCAGGUGACCCCACCGGGUUUCCCCCACCCCUUUGUCCCGCGGAGCCCCUCCCUCAUGAGUGCUGAGCCCAAGGGCCAGGCUGUCCCCAGGGGCGGAGAGUUGCGGGCCCUUCCCGAUCCAGUAAUGGGCCUGGGAGAUGCCAGAUUAGCGUGUUGCCUGUCCGGAGAGGUGGGCCAGCUGAUGCCCAGGUCAGGGCCCUGCCGCUGGCCACAUUGGGCUCCGGUCCAAGGCUAGAAGGCUGGCCCCAGCUGCAACCCCUUUCCGGCUCCUCUGCCACCCACCUCCCGGGGCUGGCCAGCAUUGGGGAGCCGGGCGGCCGCAGUGACGACAGCUCCCCAGGAGCCCCCUGCCCGGCCCCUCCAGGGGGGCAGUGGAGCUGGCCCGGCGCCUGGGCGCGCCAUGCGCAGCACCACGCUCCUGGCCCUGCUGGCGCUGGUCUUGCUGUACUUGGUGUCUGGUGCCCUGGUGUUCCGGGCCCUGGAGCAGCCCCACGAGCAGCAGGCCCAGAGGGUGCUGGGGGAGGUCCGAGAGAAGUUCCUGAGGGCCCAUCCGUGUGUGAGCGACCAGGAGCUGGGCCUCCUCAUCAAGGAGGUGGCUGAUGCCCUGGGAGGGGGUGCGGACCCAGAAACCAACUCGACCAGUAACAGCAGCCACUCAGCCUGGGACCUGGGCAGCGCCUUCUUUUUCUCAGGGACCAUCAUCACCACCAUCGGCUAUGGCAAUGUGGCCCUGCGCACAGAUGCUGGGCGCCUCUUCUGCAUCUUCUAUGCACUGGUGGGGAUUCCGCUGUUUGGGAUCCUACUGGCAGGGGUUGGGGACCGACUGGGCUCCUCCCUGCGCCGUGGCAUCGGUCACAUUGAAGCCAUCUUCUUGAAGUGGCACGUGCCACCGGAGCUAGUAAGAGUGCUGUCAGCGAUGCUCUUCCUACUGAUCGGCUGCCUGCUCUUUGUCCUCACGCCUACGUUCGUGUUCUGCUAUAUGGAGGACUGGAGCAAGCUGGAGGCCAUCUACUUUGUCAUAGUGACGCUUACCACCGUGGGCUUUGGUGACUAUGUGGCCGGCGCGGACCCCAGGCAGGACUCCCCAGCCUAUCAGCCUCUGGUGUGGUUCUGGAUCCUGCUCGGCCUGGCUUACUUCGCCUCAGUGCUCACCACCAUCGGGAACUGGCUGCGAGUAGUGUCCCGCCGCACUCGGGCAGAGAUGGGCGGCCUCACGGCGCAGGCUGCCAGCUGGACUGGCACGGUGACGGCGCGCGUGACCCAGCGAGCCGGGCCCGCUGCCCCGCCGCCAGAGAAGGAGCGGCCACUGCUGCCUCCACCGCCCUGUCCAGCGCAGCCGCUGGGCAGGCCCCGAUCCCCUUCGCCCCCGAAGAAGGCUCAGCCGCCUUCCCCGCCCACGGCCUCGGCCCUGGAUUAUCCCAGCGAGAACCUGGCCUUCAUCGACGAGUCCUCGGACACGCAGAGCGAGCGCGGCUGCCCGCUGCCCCGCGCGCCGCGAGGUCGCCGCCACCCCAAUCCCCCCAGGAAGCCCGUGCGGCCCCGCGGCCCCGGGCGUCCCCGAGACAAAGACGUGCCGGUGUAGGGGCAGGAUCCCCGGCCCGGGCCUCUCAAGGGCUUCGUUCCUGCUCUCCCCGGCAUGCUUGGCUUGUUUGACCAAAGAGCCCUCUUUCCACGAGACUGAAGUCUGGGGAGGAGGCUACGGCUGCCUCUCCGCCGUCCCCCGGCCCUUUCCUCACUUCCAUCCAUCUCCAGACCCCCCACGGCUUUCUGUGUCGCUGCCCCGGGCGGGCGUGUCCCUCACAGCACCUCACGACUGUGCCUCAAAGCCUGCAUCAAUAAAUGAAAACGGUCUGCACCGCUGCGGGCAUGACGCUCCCGGA